AGCAAUCUCCCCUUGACCAUGAACCUCGUUGAUUGAAUUAUCUUUCUUUUAAGACUUGUUAUACCAAGCCUCAUAUAAGUCUGAGACACUAUGGAUGAACCCUCUAAAUUUGCCAUCCAUGAGGCCGCCAGGGAGGGAAAAACGAGUGUCGUCGAAUCACUUUUAAACGCCAAUCCCAAGCUUGCGAAUCAACGUGAUGAUGAUGAGCGGUUGCCCAUCCACUGGGCUGUUUCUCACGGCCACGCGGAAACCGCAAUCCUGCUAUCCGCAGUGAAGGACUUUGAUCCUGAUGUUCAGGACGGCUCAGGAUGGACCCCUCUUAUGAUUGCCGUGAGCCUCAAGGAUGGAGAAGGGCUGGUAGAUCUUUUCCUUGGGAAAGGGGCAGAUGUUAAUGCCAAAAAUUUCAGUGGUCAAGUAGGUUAUCUACACCCCGCUUAGUAUUAUUCUGGUCUAAAUAGGAGA